AUGGAUAAAGAAAUUCAGGCCCUUGAACAAAAUCAUACUCGGGAGCUUACCACAUUACCUCCUGGUAAAACCCUUAUUGGGUGUUCUUUGUUUACAGCUUUAUUGGUCUAUGUGGAUGACAUGAUCAUCACAGGAAAUGAUCCCACUUGUGUAGUAACUUUGAAGUCAAUUCUGGAUGCUAAAUUUGGAAUUAAGGAUCUUGAAUCACUUAAGUUCUUCUUAGGACUUGAAAUUGCUAGAAGCAAAAGGGGAAUAAGCUUAAAUCAAAGGAAGUUUGCUUUAGAAAUUUUAAAGGAAACAAGCAUGAUGGGUAUAAAAGCAACCAACUCUUUAACGGAACAACAAUUGAAAUUGCUAAGCCAAAUUUUGGCAAAACCAAGAGUUCCUCAUAUGCAGGCUGCAAUAAGAAUCCUGCAAUAUAUUAAAGGUACACCUAGACAAGGAAUUUUAUUUCCUAGUGAUUUAGAUUUUCAGCUAAAAGCAUACUGUGAUGCUGAUUGGGCCAGAUGCCCAGAUACAAGGAAAUCUCUUAUGGGGUAUUGUGUUUUCUUGGAGAUGCUUUGA